UCUACAAGGUUUUAUAUUUAGGAACGGAGGGAAUACAAUAUGAACUGUCCUGUUUGGAAAUACAAUAGAUUAUAAAAACCAGAUUAUAUAAUCUGGAUGGUUCCAAACAGGGCCUAAAUCAUUUGACAAACUUUCCCCUUCUGGAGGUGGGUUCAGAAAACAGAGGAUGAUGACGUUGGCUUGCAGUUAGGGAAGUUUUGAAGCACACGUGGACGGACCCGUUCUGACGGCGGCGGAGGGCAUAUUCUACGGUGACCAUGGAAGAUGCCCACUUUUGCAGCAAUGUCGAGGAAACCUUGCUUGUUUAUCCUGCUGUUCCAAUGGAAGAAGAUCACCAGAUUCGAACACUCCCCCCAUCCAUCUGUGUUCGAAUCCUAUAAAUUUUCCCGAAAAUCAUCCCAGUUCUCUACAUGCCAAUCUCACCCCACACUCACCUCGCACUGCUCUCAUUUUGAUCCCGACGAAAGAGGGAACUUCCGCACCAAACGACAUGUCGAUUUGGAGGGGGUCGCUGCCGCUGUUUCUGCUUCUGCUCGCGGCGGCGACGGCUGAGCCGGCGUCGAUGCUGGAGGGCCCGUCUGGGCCGGUGACGGUGCUGCUGCAGGAAGACAGGGGCCACGCGGUGGACCUGCCGGACACGGACCCCCGGGUGCAGCGCCGGGUCACAGGCUGGGCUCCCGAGCAGAUCGCCGUCGCGCUCUCCGCCGCUCCCACCUCCGCCUGGGUCUCAUGGAUCACAGGGGAUUUCCAGAUGGGCGGCGCUGUCAAGCCGCUGGACCCAGGCACGGUCGGCAGCGUCGUGCGCUACGGCCUCGCCGCCGAUUCUGUGGUCCGCGAGGCCACCGGCGACGCGCUCGUCUACAGCCAGCUCUACCCCUUUGAGGGCCUCCAGAACUACACCUCCGGCAUCAUCCACCACGUCCGCCUCCAAGGUCUUGAGCCUGGGACGAAGUACUACUACCAGUGCGGCGACCCGGCCAUCCCGGGGGCGAUGAGCGCCGUCCACGCAUUCCGGACGAUGCCGGCCGUGGGGCCGCGGAGCUACCCGGGGAGGAUCGCCGUGGUGGGAGAUCUCGGGCUCACGUACAACACCACGUCGACCGUGGAGCACAUGGCGAGCAACCAGCCCGACCUGGUCCUCCUGGUCGGCGACGUGAGCUACGCCAACCUGUACCUGACCAACGGCACGGGAACAGACUGCUACUCCUGCUCGUUCGCCAAGUCCACGCCCAUCCACGAGACGUACCAGCCGCGCUGGGAUUACUGGGGAAGGUACAUGGAGCCCGUGACGUCGAGCACGCCGAUGAUGGUGGUCGAAGGGAACCACGAGAUCGAGCAGCAGAUCGGCAACAAGACCUUCGCGGCUUACAGCGCGCGGUUCGCGUUCCCGUCGAAAGAGAGCGAGUCCUUCUCCCCCUUCUACUACUCCUUCGACGUUGGCGGCAUCCAUUUCAUCAUGCUCGCUGCCUACGCGAACUACAGUAAAUCAGGAGACCAGUACAGAUGGUUGGAGAAGGACCUAGCAAAGGUGGAUAGAUCAGUGACCCCAUGGCUGGUCGCCGGGUGGCACGCGCCGUGGUACAGCACCUACAAGGCUCACUACAGGGAGGCGGAGUGCAUGAGAGUGGCCAUGGAGGAGCUGCUCUACUCCUACGGCAUCGACAUCGUCUUCACCGGCCAUGUGCACGCGUACGAGCGCUCCAACCGGGUGUUCAACUACACGCUAGACCCGUGCGGCGCCGUGCACAUCUCGGUGGGCGACGGCGGGAACCGCGAGAAGAUGGCCACCACCCACGCCGACGAGCCAGGGCGCUGCCCGGAGCCUCUGUCCACGCCUGACGACUUCAUGGGCGGCUUCUGCGCCUUCAACUUCACGUCCGGCCCCGCCGCCGGCAGCUUCUGCUGGGACCGGCAGCCGGACUACAGCGCCUACCGGGAGAGCAGCUUCGGCCACGGCAUUCUUGAGGUGAAGAAUGAGACGCACGCUCUGUGGAAAUGGCACAGGAACCAGGAUCUGUAUCAAGGUGCUGUUGGGGAUGAGAUUUAUAUCGUACGGGAGCCGGGAAGAUGCCUGCUCAGCUCGAGCAUAGCAGCAUAUUUUUGAUCUGACACUAACUAAAUCAAAAUUCACGUGUAUAAAACUCAUCCCCGACAGCACCUUGAUAGCUGGUAGUUACUUCCACUUGUGAUCGAAGCCAGCUCUCUAUUCUGUCGCGAGCUCUGACGAGAUUAAGACAGGUUGCGAUUUGUGGGGUAGCAUGAAAGACUUGUGUUCUUGUAUCAGUCUAUAAAAUGUGAUAAAUAAAUCGAUAUCCUUUCCCCCCGA